GGUAGACAACAAGUCACUGCCGCGUGUGAUGGAGGAGGUGAAAGCUGCCGUGGGGAGUCUGGGCCUCAACCUGUUGGUGAACAACGCCGGGAUUAUGGAAAAGUGCUCUACUCAGACGUUCGGAGUGCCUCUGGGAAACGUAGAGCCGGAGAUGUUUCGGAAUGUCCUUGAGACCAACACCAUUGCUCCACUCAUGCUGAUCAAGGCCUUGCUUCCACAGCUGAAGGUGGCAGCGGCGACGGGUGAGUCUCGUGCGAUCGUGGUGAACAUUUCUUCUAUUAUGGCUAGCAUGGGCACCUCUCUAAACAGACACGGCAUUUAUGCAUACCGCUCCAGCAAGACGGCUCUAAAUAUGGUCACUAAAAUUCUGGCGGAGGAUCCCAGCACGAAAGGGUUACUGUUCGUGGCGAUACACCCUGGUUGGGUCCGCACCGACAUGGGUUCCUCAGAGGCGCUGCUCACACCCGAGGACAGCGUUUCCCAGAUGUUGCCUGUGAUCGUGAGCAUCAAUGAAAAACAAAACGGCGUCCUGCUCAACUACGAUGGUUCUGUCCUGCCGUGGUGAUUCCUGUGGCUUGUGUUGGAGCAGCUCGUGUCUAUGAACCCGUCCACGUCUUGCUGGGGCUGAUGUUAUGAUAUCAUUUAAUUGUUCCUGAAUGAAUAAAAACAGGGAACAGCAACACCACUUUUAUUUAUUUGCUUUUGUACGUGGCAUAGCAAAUAAUCACAUCACCAAAGUAAAAGAAAUCCAGGAUAUUAUUAUACAAUUCUUGCUGUAAAUUCCAUGGAUCAUGACAAAAAACACACCAAAAGUAGUUAUCGCAUUGCUCACACACACACACACACACACACACACACACACACACACACACACACACACACACACACACACACACACACAC